AUGACAAGAGACAGAUUUUUACUCCUAUUAAAAUGCUGGCAUGUCAGUGAUGUCUCAAAUGAUGAUAAAACUGACAAACUACAUAAAAUCAGAGAUAUGCUUUCGAUGAUCACUGACAAAUUUCAGAAUAUAUUAAACCCCGGAAAAUAUGUAGUAAUUGAUGAGACAAUGAUACCCUGGAGAGGGCGAUUAGGUUUCCGUCAGUAUAUAAAAAACAAAUCUCACCGAUAUGGCGUUAAGCUGUACAAACUUUGCACCCCCGAAGGUUAUACCUACCAAAUAGAGAUUUAUACAGGUAAAAAAGAUCAGAAGCGAGAAGUCGAUCACAGUCAGAAAGUAGUAUUAAAAUUGAUGAACAAUUUGACAGAAGAGGGAAGAAUCGUAAUAGUAGAUAAUUUCUAUACUUCGUUGAGUCUGGUAGAAAAACUCCUAUCACAAAAAACUUUUCUAUGUGGAACUUUAAACAUAAGAAGAAAAUAUUUGCCAAAGAAAGUUAUUAAUGCGAAAAUAAAAAAGGGCCAGAUUAUUGGAAAAAUGAACAAAAAGGGCGUGAAAAUAUUGAACUGGGUAGAUAAAAGAAAAGUUUUAAUGUUGACUACGUGCAAAGAUCAUGACGAUAAACUAAUAGAUACUGGGAAAAAGAAGAGAGGCACUAACGAAAGUAUUAAAAAACCCGGAUGUGUUAUAAUGUCUUCGUAUUAUACAACAUUAAAGAAAGGAAUUAAAUGGUGGAGGAAAGUAAUAAUGGAGCUAAUAUUUGGUACAGCCCUUAUUAACGCCUGGAUUGUGUAUAAUUCAAUUAAUGAUGAUAGAAAUAAAAUGCCAAAGAGACUAUUUGUGGAACAAGUUAUUGAAGCUUUUACAAAGAAAGACUUGGAGGUGGAUACAGAAGCCACUGCAAACAAUGCACAUCAUCUCGAAAAGGGAUCAAAGAAGAGGAGAUGUGUAGGAUGUUACGAUAAACUCCGCGCCUUCUUGACAAGUCGUGAGGCUGACAAAAAAGUGAAGAAAAUUCUCACAGAAUGCACUAGUUGCAAAAAAUAUUAUUGCUUGACGUGUUUUAAUGAAAAACAUCCAUAA